AUGACAAAGUUCGAUGCGAACAUCAACGAUGUCCCGCUCAUCAACGGAAAUGGAUCUCUGUCCCAGGAUGAGGUGCGCUGCUCAGCGUCAACAGGUGUCAACGUGCUCAUUGUAGGUGCUGGAGUGGGCGGGCUUACUGCGGCGCUCGAAUGUCAUCGCAAAGGACAUUCCGUGAGGGUGCUGGACAGAUCUACAGAAGCGAGCGCAGGAGGUGACAUGUUCACGAUUGGAUCGAGUGCUCUCAAGAUGCUGGAGCAUUACCCGGGCAUGAUGCGCGAAUAUGACGAGGUCUCUGUGCACAACCUGUGGAUGAGGUUUUCGAAGUGGACCGGUGAAGUUAUUGGACCAACGUUUCCUUUCGGCGCAGGUGCCCCAGGAACGGAGAGAUACAAAGCCGCGAAGCCGCCAAUGGAGACUCAGCUUCAACCACAAUUUCAUGCUAUGCUGUACCACCAGCUAGAGCGAUUUGGGAUCGAGGUUCGAUUCGACAUGCGGGUGAUGGAGUACGUCGAGGAUUUAGACCGCGGUCUCGGUGGUGUGCUCACGGAUAAGGGCGAGCGCUUCGAAGCUGAUCUCAUCAUUGCCGCCGACGGCUUCAAUUCAAAGUCGCAAAUGAUGGUGCCGCGUACCACUGGUGAUGCGAGACCUACAGGCAGAACUGUCUUUCGAGGUGCGUUUCCACUCGAAAUCGCACAAGCCGAUCCGCUGGUCAACGAUGUAUUCGGCCUCAGAGACGGUAAGGACCCGAUGAUGCAAGCAUGGCUUGGACCAGAUACACACUCUGUCAUCCUGGCAUACCUGGACAAACAUGGUAAAAACGGAAAGCUGGCGUUCGGCUUAGCGUUUCGUGAGCCAGAGGGUCAGACUAGGCAAGAGUCAUGGCAUGACACAGUCUCGAGCGAGGAGAUGUUGAGUAUCAUUGAGCGUCUGCCGGGCUGGUCUGGUGCUAUGAAGCAAUUGAUCAGCCUGACACCGCCAGAGACGAUCGUUGCGUGGCCACUGAACCCACGCAAUCCAAACCCAGUCUGGCACUCACCAGGAGCAAGCGUUCUGCAGCUUGGUGAUGCUGCACAUCCUUUCUUGCCAACGAGUGGGAACGGUGCAACCCAAGCCAUCGAAGACAGUGUGACGAUCGCAGAGUGUUUGGCACAAGCUGGGAAAGAUCUGGUUACCACGGCAGUCAAAGUGCACAACCUGCUUCGAGCGGAUCGAGUCUCUUGUUUUCAGCUUCUUGGCUUUGCCAAUGCUGAGCGCUUCCAGUAG